AGCUACACAGACUCAAGGCCCCACGGUAGCCUCUUAGGUCAACCAUCUCUUCAACUAAGCCUAUAUUCUUUUGUUCAUGACUCGAUACAGGGAGUUCCAAAUGGCCAUGAAUAAUGGCAUCACUUAUAUCUGAGCCUCAUGUUCAUCUCUCCACGGACAUAUUUUGCUUCGCAAACACCAGAUCAGGGCCUUAUCUGUGCUGAAUAUACGGGUGAUAUUAAGUUCAAUACACUUCAAGGGUGGCUUCCUGCCAGCCGCAUUCAUAAUAGCCCGGCUGAAAUGCUUUUGAUUCACCAGGCAGGCAGUGUUCGCGUGGGCGAGGUGGUCCGAUACACGUUAACUUACACACCCGCGGCGGAUAAUAUCCGCCCACCGCCGAGGAAAUUAUACGUGAAGGUCAAGAAUACGACCCCCAUUCCCUUACGAGCCGCGUAUCUUCACGGCCCAUACUCACUCUACGCCUCAUGCUACCCAUCCACAUUCGACCCCAAUGCCAAAUCUGUUCAUCAUAACCUUGAAGCAAUCCCGCAGUACGAGCCCUACCUCAAAGCAGGUGGUACUUGGUAUGCGACGGUAACCCUUCCGCACCAUGCGCAGCAACUUCAAGAGCAAUCUAGCGAAGCAGAGGAGAUGAACGAUGGUGGCACUUCUACCUGGAUCAUUGAAAUUGUCUCACAGGUGGUAUUUUCCAACACCGCAUCCGUCAGCUUCGAGCUCUUAGUCGGUCGCGAUGAAGCGUCAGUGGAUAGCAUGUCCCUGGUCGGUACAUCAAAGCCAGCUCAAUUGAAAGAUCAUUGGUCGCCUGAGUUUAGGGGUAAGCAGGUGUUAGCGGAGAGGGGAGUUCAUUCUCGAGCGGUUACUCUACAAGUGGAUGAUACGGCCAGUCUUUGGAACACACCACAGCUACCCUCAGUUGGCCACGAAAAAGGAAGAGAGGAGAAAGAUGAGUUUGUUGGAGAUGCGGUUGCCGCGGACUCGGUGGCAUCAAAUUCGCCUGCUGAAACACCUACAGUUUCUGCUGACGAGAAGCGUCAGAAACGGAUACAUCUUGUUGUGUUGACCCAUGGAUUACACAGCAAUUUAGGAGCAGAUAUGCUUUUCCUCAAAGAGAGUAUCGAUGCUGCCAUCAAGGCCAACAAGCAGAAAGCAAACAAUAGUUCUUCGAGUCGUAGCGCAAGCCAGCCCACAGGACUAUCCUCUUCAGACCUUAGGCAUGCUGGAAGCGACGAAGAUGAACAAGUUAUAGUAAGAGGAUUUGCUGGGAACGCAGUGCGUACGGAACGAGGUAUACAAUACCUUGGUAAGCGUCUUGCGAAGUACAUCCUUCAGAUGGCGCAUCUGGAUAUCCCCAGUCGUGCAACGAAGACGACAUCUCACACUGGGCUGUUCUCUAAUCGGAAACGGCCCAUUGGCCCAGUUUCAGAACUUCCUUGGCAUUGCUGCAGCAGGUCAGAGCAGUCAGUCUGCGAAGCUUGCGCUUAUCAGAUAACCAGUAUCAGCUUCAUAGGACACUCGCUAGGGGGCCUCGUUCAAACCUAUGCCAUUGCGUAUAUUCACAAGCACUUCCCCGCAUUCUUCGACGAAGUUAGACCAGUUAACUUUGUUUCUCUAGCGACGCCUUUCCUUGGUCUCAGCAAUGAAAAUCCAAUCUAUGUUCGGUUCGCCUUGGAUUUGGGUCUUGUCGGUCGCACUGGGCAAGACCUUGGUCUUAGCUGGACAGCACCUAGGGUUCGAAGUGGCUGGGAGGCUCUAAUUGGUGGAAGAGGAAAUGCCAGUCAAUCACAGGGAUACGCAGACGCUCGGUCUAAACCACUCCUGAGAAUUCUUCCCUGUGGGCCUGCGCACGAGGCGCUCUCAAAAUUUCAACGUCGCACGCUUUAUUCUAACGUGGUGAACGAUGGAAUAGUACCUUUGCGGACAUCCUGCCUUCUGUUUCUCGACUGGAGAGGCCUUGAUCGGGUCGAGAAGGCAAGAAGAGAGAAUGGCUUGGUGGGCACGAUGGCUGAAUGGGGGUGGGCAGAGUUGACUGGCGCUAAUUCGAAGUCUCCGAAGUCUCCUCGGUCACGCCCCAACGCCAAAGCACUGGCUGCUCUUGGUGACGCUUUUAGUGAAAGCAAGCCGACGUCGCGCGUGCAAGAAGUUUCUUCGUCGGGGAUCAAUCGCACCAUCGCCGAACGCCCUGUAUUUACUUCGACCAGUCAGCCUGCAAUCGAACGGCCGUUGCCUACUUCUCCUGAUGCACUCGCUGAUUCCAAGGGAGGAGGGACAUUAGUGGAACCGCGUUUGUCUAGCACUUUAGCCAAACUAUUUUCAUUCAUUCGUUCGAAGGAGACUGAGAGCCCGUCUGGCGGGCCAAAGCACACCAAAAUAUACAAGCGCAGUCAGACCAUUGCAACGCCUAAUCCAGUUGCACACACUUGUCACUCUUCUAGCUCACAUUAUCGCGAAACGCUUGUUGGUGGGCAAAACCAUGAAUAUGGGCUUUUUGCCCCCCCCAAGACAACCUUCUUCGAGUCAGCAAGUGAUCUCCUCUUGCCUCCUCUUCCUCCUCUUGAAUUUAUACUCGAUCCUACGUCGAGACCCAGAACAAUAUUUCAUGAUCGUAUAUAUCAUCCCGAAGACAUACCGCCACCAAUGGUUUCCAAGCGAGGAGCAUUUACACUCGCGCCCUCACAGAGAAGGCCAACAAAUCAUGCACUCAAUUCUUCGGAAGACCCUUUCCAUGGAGAGCAUGGCAACUCUGGCGAGGCCCAAAGCGGCCUUGGGGUCGAGGAGAAGAUAGCUAGGGCUUACCACCGAGAUUUGUCUUGGCGCAAGGUCCUUGUACGUCUUGAGCCUGAUGCACAUAACAACAUUAUUGUACGGAGAAUGUUCACAAAUGCACACGGGUGGCCGGUCGUACAGCAUCUUGUUGAAACCCACUUUGGACAUGCGGAACUAUCCCAGUCUGGUGAAGUGAACUCCGAGAGUCACCACGACCAUGAUUGGGACGAAGAUCUCACACCUCUGGCUGGAUCUCAGACAAUGUAACUCGUAUCUCACAUCCAGUACGAGACCGGACGGUUGAAUAUUAUAGUCUCGUGCUCUGUCAUAUGCUGGUGAGACCUUGAAAAACGGCCUUGAUACUAGGAGGCAGUAACCCUCUCUAAUUCUAAAACUUG